AUGACAGCCUCGAUCGUCUCGCGGGGCGCUGAUGCUUUGAUCUCCCCUGGGAGAAGGAACAUCGCUAUCGCGGAAAUUGUCCUCUUUUCUAUCAUCCAUCUGACUCAAAUACCUCUGCGAUAUAUGCAGGAAUGGCGUUACUGGCACCAUAAUAAGAGACAGAGCCAUGGGCGCUGCUACUUCUAUUCCUGGUGGAGUAUGGUUGGCAUCCUAGCACAAGUACGCAUUGCGGGAUCUGCUAUAAUGCUCUCGACUUCUGAGCCCAACAAAUCUAUGCUUAUCGCUGAAUCUGCCAUGCAAAACGCUGGCCUUUCGCCUCUUUUAUUCGAAGUGAGCCUUGUUCUUUUGGCAUGUGGUCAGUCAGGAAAAUUCGGGCCCGGAAAAUCGAGUUAUCCAAAGCCAUUGAGGUUCGCUCUGCAUGGCUUCCGCUUCCCCAUCGUCAUCGCCAUUGUGCUCGCUAUCGUGGGUGGAAUUGUCGAGAUAUCCGCUCUUGGAGAAGCAGGAUCUGUCCUGCUCAUCGUCACAUUCGCGUUUGUGUGCGGGCUCGUUGUCUGGCUAGCGGUGAAUUCUCGGUCAACUCUCCCAGUGGAGGGUCAUCGCGGAGUUCUGCUGGUUCUUCUCGCACUCCCAUUCCUCUUGAUCCGUAUUGUCUACUUCCUCCUGUUGGAAUAUGGGCCUCCAAAAUUUAACCCUGUCACGGGUGGCGUCGGCACCCUAGCUGCUAUGGGCUUGUUGAUGGAGAUCUUUGUUGUCAUAUUGCUUCUGACAGCCCGCGCCGUGGCGAUGCCCAUCUGGUCAGCCAAUUUGAAGCAGAAUAUUGAAGCUUGUGAUGCUGAUGCUGAAGGGCUA